AUGGCCAGAAUGUUCAAGAUGGGUGAAUCAACGAUUCGUAAUAUCACGAUGGAGGUGAGCGACGUCCUUUGGGAAGUUCUCGUUCGUGAUUACCUACCUGUGCCGCUUGAAGAAGACUUCAGAAGGUAUGCCGAAGAGUUCAAAGAGAAGUGGAAGUUUCCAAAUUGCUGCGGUGCAAUUGACGGGAAGCACGUCGCCAUCCAAUGCCCACCGAAUGCAGGGUCAACUUUCUACAACUAUAAAGGAUAUCACUCGAUCGUUCUCAUGGGAUUAUGUAACGCGAACUAUGAAUUUUUGAUGGUGGAUAUUGGCGCUUUCGGUGGCAACAGUGAUGGAGGGGGGCGAUUAAUCAACAUGCGAUUUCCGUUGGGUGAAAGCUGUUAA